AAACGGGUCUGUGAAUGGCAUCUAGAACAUGGUUUGCUUAAUACUGAGAACGUGGUUGAUGUGUUCCAGCUUGCGCUGCUGUGUGAUUUCCCUCGGCUGAGCGUCAUAUCUCACCGUAUGAUCAUGAAACACUUUAAGGAGCUUUCUGCGACAGAAUCAUGGACAGCUAUGAAGAAAAGCCAUCCGUUUCUUGAGAAAGAAGUUAGAGACUCAGUGAUCCUCCAAGAAAAUAUGCGGAAAGAGAAGAUCAGAAAACGCAAGGAUCAGCGGAUGUAUUCGCAGCUAUAUGAAGCAAUGGAAGCUCUUGUUCAUAUAUGUAGAGAUGGAUGUAAAACAAUAGGACCACACGACAAAGAUUUCAAACCGAACCACGCACAGUGUAAUUAUGAAGCUUGCAAGGGACUAGAAUCACUGAUCAGGCAUUUUGCAGGCUGUAAGCUUAAAGUUCCAGGAGGUUGCGUACAUUGCAAGAGAAUGUGGCAACUCCUUGAAUUGCACUCACGUCUCUGUGCAGAUUCUGAUCGAUGUCGAGUCCCUCUAUGCAGAAACUUGAAAGAAAAGAUGGAGAAACAGAGCAAGAAAGAUGAAACAAGAUGGAAACUUCUGGUGAAGAAUGUAUUGGGGAGUAAGAAAAUCGGAGGGUCUCCUUACUUUUUACCGGUGACCAGCGGUUAAAAUCCUCAAUCUCAAGGUUUCACCAUCUUCGAAAACCUCAAGAAGGGCGAGUAUUAAGCGUUUCUUGUGAUCCCCUCCUACCCUAAGAACAACAAGUGUACCAUAAUAAAAUUGAACCAAUGGAAAUAAUAACACAAAGAUUUUGUCAGCAAAGGGUCAAAAAUAUCUGUAAACCGGAUUUGAUCCGGUUUAACAAUGGUUUUGUUCUUUUAAUUACUCAGUGGCAAAAUUGGUAAUAAGCUGAGGCAUCAAAACAACA